CUAGGCAGCUAGUUGAUAUAUCGAAGUUGUAGUUAGCACAGAUUAUUACAAAUUUGUUAGAACUAAUCAGUUUUUCUAUUAAGUGGUUGGGAACUAGCUACCUAGCCGGGAACUGUCGGACAAUAUCCUGAUUGCUGAACUAUAAGUGGAUUGUGCUCAUGAUUGUCAACGAUUUCCCGCUUGCCUUUUUGAAAUUCUAUUAGAGUGAAUGAGCUCAUCCAGGAUAUUAGCUAGUUAACGCCUUUCAUCUGUGACUGAACUAGCUAGCUAGGAUAUUCAGAAACAGAGAGAUGGAUUUCAGACAUCCCUAAAUUUGAAGCUGUCAAAUGGUUAUAUUUUACCUGAAGGUAGAAUGACACCAAACACACUUUUUGUUGGAGGAAUCGACAUGAAGGUGGAUGAGAAUGAAAUCCGGGACUUCUUUGCGAGAUUUGGCGCGGUGAAAGAAGUGAAAAUCAUCACUUACCGCGGAGGCAUCUGCAAAGGAUAUGGAUUUGUUUACUUCAAUGAAGAUGUCGACAUCCAAACCAUCGUUGAACAACAGAUCAGUUUUAAAGGACGGAAACUGAAGCUGGGUCCAGCAAUCAUGAAGGAAAGGAGCUCACGUUCCAUGCCGUCUCACRUGGUUGGUCAGGUCCCCUGGAUGAGCCCCUCCCAGUACAUCUACUGCACCUGCUGCUCUCCUAUGGGAGUGGGUGUGGCUCAGCCCUCACCUGUACUCAACGGGGGCAAUCCCUACAUCCAGCCUUACUCAUAUAACGGCCUUCAAGGAGUCAUGAUGCCACAGAUGCCCAUGAGCUACUCUCAAACCGCCUACGCGUACCAGUACGCCUCACCACACUGGACCGGGGAGCAGAGGACACGGCUUGUCAACCAGAACUUUGUGGACUGUGGAGUCCAGACUCUGCUGACUCUGCUGUAGCACACUGACCCUCCUGUACCAGGGGGUGAUGUGUGCCAAUCUGCACUAUGACAAGAUGACAUCCUGGCCUUUGGAGCGCUAGAAGCAACAGAAACUUAAAAAAUAUACAUUACCUGGAUGCUUUCUCUCCCUGACAUCCCUCGCUCGCUUUGAGACCCAUUUUAACACACCGACCGUGGCGGCUCAACACUUGCACCUGAUGGGCGUUGCCACUGUGACUGCUCCAUGAUUGGCUUGGCUAGGACCACGGUCCUGGGGUUUAGACCGCUUUUAAACCACCUCAACCACUGUCACGCAGGGAAGAGAGGAAGUAAUUUUGGUGCUUCAGCAUUCUCAUAACACAAGGCAAUGUGUGGUGUCACUUUUUAUUUUUUCCUUUGUGGUUUUUGUUGGGUUUUGAUUGUCCCAAACCAAAAAAAGKCUUUUACGCUCACCUGUGUAUAUUUUAUAUUUUAUUUUUUACUAUUUAUGUUGAAAUUAUUUUAAUGUCGGUUUGUUUGGGUUUAAGCUUUUAGCGGGGCCUCUCUGUACAUAGAUUUGUAAUACAGUAAAUUAAUCUUUAGAAUAGUGAGAUCGAUUAACUUUCCCUUUAUUAAUUCACGUUCCAUCCCCAUUCUCCUUCCAUUUAAGAUAAACUAGUGCGUUGAAUUAUUAUGAGGGCAGCAUUGGGCACAACUCUAACACAUUUUUCAGGUACUAUUUUUUUUGUUCCUGUCUUAAUAAGCUACUUUAGUCACCAUUUUAUUUAGUUUUCCAUCACUGAAUUCCAAUUGCCUGCCUGCUUUUCUGUUAUGAGGGGUUUAUUGAAAAUAUUUUUGUUUAUUUAGAUUUGGGAUGCACUGAUAUCUUGAGUGUUGCUGUUUCCAAAGUUAUGGAUCAUUUUAUUGUGGCACUGGUCAAUGUUUCUUAGGUUACGUCCCAAAUGGCACCCUGUUCCCUAUUUAGUGCACUACUUUUGACUAAGGCCCUGAUCAAAAGUAGUGAACUAUAUGGGGUGCCAUUUGGGGAGUUGGACUUGGACUGUUCCAGCUCUUCCUCUUCCAAGAGGAAAAUCACUGUCAAUUUCCCCUGAAGGUGUUGAUAAACUACUUUUAUAAUGCAGCCUGGGUCGGGAAACCUGUUUUUUUUAUUCACUCAAAUUAAGGACAUAACUAAAAGCAAUGUGUUCCAUCACUACAGUUUGAAGUUCACUUUAUUGAGAGAAAUUGUUGCUCUGAUUUUUGUUCAGUGUGUUUUAUAAGUUGUUUUUUCGAGAUGGUGUCAUUUAUAUUUCAUUAAUGAAAACCCUGAUGUAAUCACGUUUCAGACCGCUGGGUUAACUGGGUGCAUUUAAAUGGGAUGACAACAUUUGGAUACAUCGGGUCAUGGGUGGGAUUUCAUAUCAGUAACCAUCCAGCGGUUUGCCCAGGUGUAUAUGGACUAGAUCUCUUGGUUUACUUUUCUUUGUCAAGUCUCCUGCUGUUACCCAUGCUGUUUUGUACCCAAGCUUGUUUAAAAUGGCACCCUAUUGCUUACAGUGCACUACAUCUCUGGUCGAAAGUAGUGCACUAUAGGGAAUAACAUUUGUGAUGUAACCUAGCCAUUGAUCUUAAAGGAAUCUAAUCAUGUUGAUGGGAAUAUGAUGGUUAGAGCUUUUCUAGAUCACUGUACUGGUUUAAGUUGGGUUCUUGUUGAGGUGUUCUUGUUGAGGUGUUCAUGUUGACAAUUUAAGGUUUGGUUUUUGUUUAAAAAAUAUAUAUAUACAAAUAAAUUUGAAUUAAGUAAU